ACCUGCAGCCAGGGAGCGCACCAGCUACAGCGCGCUUUUCCUUACUUACAGAAAAUAAAAUAGAGGAGAAAAACCGGUUUUGUCUACUAAAAAACCCCUCCAUCUUUAGAUUUGCAAGUACUUUUUUAAAAUAUAUAUUUUAUUGUCUAAUUAUGCAGGAUAAAGGCGCGUUUUUCAGCCCCUUUUGCAGACCGCGGUGUCUGGCGGCAGCGGCUCCGGCUGGAAGAGCGAAACUAACUCAUCCUGGAAAAGCAAUUCUGGCAGGUGGAAUCGCCGGUGGCAUAGAGAUCUGCAUCACUUUCCCCACAGAGUAUGUGAAAACGCAGCUACAGCUGGACGAGAAGGCCAACCCGCCAAAGUACAGAGGAAUAGGUGAUUGUGUGAAGCAGACAGUGCAGAGCCACGGUGCAAAAGGACUUUACAGAGGACUCAGCUCACUGCUGUAUGGAUCCAUACCCAAAUCUGCAGUCAGGUUCGGCAUCUUUGAGUUCCUCAGUAACCGGGCCAAGGAUGAGAACGGCCGACUGGACAGCACCCGUGGCCUGCUCUGUGGGCUCGGCGCGGGCGUCAUGGAGGCCGUGCUGGUGGUCUGUCCCAUGGAAACCGUUAAGGUUAAAUUCAUUCAUGACCAGACGUCGGCCAAACCCCAGUACAAGGGCUUCUUCCACGGAGUGAGAGAGAUCGUCAGGUCACAAGGACUAAGAGGGACAUAUCAGGGUUUGACCGCGACGGUCCUCAAACAAGGCUCCAACCAGGCUAUUCGCUUCUUUGUAAUGACGUCUUUAAAGAACUGGUACAAAGGUGAUGACCAAAACAAAACCAUUAAUCCCAUCAUUACUGGGGCGUUCGGGGCGAUAGCAGGGGCAGCCAGUGUAUUUGGAAACACGCCCUUAGACGUCAUCAAGACAAGGAUGCAGGGCCUGGAAGCUCAUAAAUAUAAAAGCACGCUGGACUGCGCUUUGAAGAUCCUCAAAUAUGAAGGCCUGGCAGCCUUUUACAAAGGGACAGUUCCCCGGCUUGGCCGUGUGUGUCUGGACGUAGCCAUUGUGUUCAUCAUCUAUGAGGAGGUUGUGAAGGUCCUGAAUACUGUCUGGAAGACAGACUGAGCUGCUGGUUGUGCAGGAAUGCUGGCACAGAUCUAGGUUUGCCAGAUCUCCUCUGUAUCAUGAAACCAGCUGUAAACAGACUGGGGUGAAUGGCUGCAUGUAGAUCUGUGUUGUAUGCUGACCUCUAAGUCAAAAUGCAGAUAAACAGAGACUCUGGAGUGAAGAAAAGCCAGAAUGGAUGCUUACAUCUGAACAGCUGGAGGUGAAGCAGAGCUUUUAUACUUCACACUGAGACUCCUUCCUCACAAAGUAAAGAAAAAGAGUCUUUUAUAGUUUAGAAGGAUUACAAAAUUAAUUAAAUCACUGUGAAAAAGGUGUGUUUUUGGCAUUAAGGUUUAUUUUUAACAGCAUUUUUAAUGCAUUUGCUUCAUUUUUGUCAUAAUCCAAUCAUAAUGUUUCUGUCCAAAUUUAUUUCAAUGAUGUUUACUACAAUAAUUUUGGUGUCAUUGAUGUGUUUUUGUCUCUUCUGCAGUUGGUUGAAGUUUACAUUCAUUCAUACACACACACACACACAUCCACACACACACACACACACACACGCACACACGCACACACCUACACACACACACACACACACACACACACACACCUACACACACACACCCACACAUAGACCUUUAAUUAAUGUAAUUUUACACUUAGAGUAUGGCAGUUAUUUUUAUACAGUAUAGCAUAAAAUAUGUUAUCUCUUCAGACUUUACUAUAUGUUACUUCUGUGCCAAAAAUCAAAUGAAGGUUUAUUCAGAGUAAAAAAGAAUAUAUGACUCGUAUAAUAACAAUUAUAUGAGUCAUAUAUUUCAGAUAAAAUAUUAAAGUUGAUCUUUUUAUUUAAUAUUAAAAGUAAAUGUGUUUAUAAAGAGCUGAAUGUUAAAUUUAAUCAAGACCAUUUGCUGUUAAAAAGUGCCAAAUGUGUUAAAUGUGUCAUGCAUUAUUUUAUUAUCAAAUACUGUAUGACAUUAUUUUACCUGUUGGGUUUCACUGUGAAUUACCUGAAUUAUCCCAAUCCAGUAAUGUUUUAAAAUAGUCAUCAUACUGGAGUCUGCAGUAGUUACAGCGCCCUAAACCAUCCGAAUUAUGGCAACACAGGAAAAGAUAUGAAGAAAAUCAUCAAAUUAUUUAUCUUUUGUCUCAGAAUAUAUGAAUGCAUAAUCUCAUAUGACAUUUUAAAAAAAAUAAUGCAACCCUUAUACUCUUGCUAAGUGUUUAUUUGAUUUAUGUUUUACUUUUAAAAUCUGAUUUAAAAAACUUUCUAGUCUGGAAUUAUUAUUUAUAUUUUUCUGAGGUGUAAAUGUAGUGUGACAUAGAGACCCAUUUGUCUUAGUCACUCUUGAAAAUUGGAAAAACAAUUAAACUUUAUAUUAGGCAGUAAGAUUAAGAAUCAAGCCAUAAUUAUUACUUUUUAAAUAAUUUAUUACUAGAUUUUAAAAAAACAAACAACUGUGACAGAGAGUACUGGUGAAAACUUUUACGUUUCUUUUAGGCUUUUUCUCAACAUUUUUACUGAGUCGAUGAGUCGAUCCAAUAGUAGUCGAUGCUGAGUUUUUUUGUUAUUGUUUCAGACGGAUAUUAACUCCAUUUCUUUUAAAUUGACAUUUAUUUAACCAGAUUAAAACCCAUUUAGAUCAAGACCUCUUUCAAGUCAUAAAAGACAAGACAAGUCAACAGAAAUAACAAAAAGUAGACAUUAGAAACAUAUAAAAUGCAAACAAUUUGACAAUUAAAUAAAAAAAUAAGCUCCUCACAUCAGUGUCACAAGAUAAAUCCAAAGGGGUUUACGGAAAAAAACUAACCAUAUUCCUUAGAAACUUCCACUUAUAGUCUCACCUUUUUACAUUUCUGCAGAAGAAUCAUAAGAAGAGAUUGUUUUGAUUGUUUUGAUGAAAAGUUUGAUUUAUUUAAAUCCUGCUCAGUUUAAUGCAGAUGUUCAUUCAGGUUCUACUUCUCACUCAUGUGCCUUUAUGCUGAUGUGUUUAAUGGUGAAAGCUUUAUCUGAGGUAUCCGUCAGUGAUUUUAUGUUUAACUUGGUCUUAAAGCUGAGGUGUCUGUGGUUCGUUUUACUUGUGAUGUGCAAACAAUCCUAACUGGUGUAACUGUAAUGAUUGUAGUAAAAUUAAAGCCUACUGUCAUUAUUUAUGAAAGUAAAUCUUUAUUUUCCUGACUUUCCUGGCAAAGCAGUUGUAUUCUGCGUAGCCAAAUGUUGUCUGAAACAAAACGUGAUUCUGAGACUAUAUCGGUGUGUACCAGAAGUUGUAUGUGUGUUUAGGCUGUGAGGGUGACUAAAAUGACGUUUGUGCAAUAAAUGUUGCCCCCUUAUUUUUUUGUCAGUACUUAAUGUCUGCACUUAAAUCCGGCAUUGUAUGAGGAUUUGUGUUUUUAAUCUUCCUUCAGAAGCUUGUGUGUUGUCUUGUGCUUUUGGUUUCUGCAGAUUUUGAUGAGAAAUGGGAGUGUGAGGGAAUACCAAAGGAGGAUGCUAUUCAUUCCAGUUUGGACAGUCAUUUCUGGAGUGAAUGAACUGUUCAUCUAUGUUUGUCUCACACAUACUUUACACAUUGUUUGACUAAAAUCUGAGGAGAAACUUAACAAUUUCUCAGAGAAAAUUGGGAAAAAUAAAAAAUAAUCUGUGUU